AUUCAUUCAUACGUACCCACACAUACAUGAGAGCAAUUUCUUAGAGGUCCUUCUUCAACACCUUCUCCCCAAUCAAACCCUAUAUUGUCGUCCCUUCUUUUUAUCAAGAACAUGUCUGCAGCAAUGGGAGAUGGUAUCAGCCGACCCAAAUCGGUGGUAAAGAAGGUCUUAUCUAAGCUUCAACCUCAUGGAGAUGGAGCUUUUGUUAGAAGAAGCAUUGGAAGCAAGAUGGAAUUGAAGUCUUUGGAUCCUUUCCUCAUGUUGGAUGAGUUCUUUGUUUCUGCUCCUGCUGGAUUUCCUAACCAUCCUCAUAGAGGUUUUGAGACUGUUACAUACAUGUUGGAGGGAACUUUCACUCAUCAAGAUUUUGCUGGACACAAAGGAACAAUCAGAGCUGGAGAUUUACAAUGGAUGACUGCUGGUCGUGGGAUGGUUCACUCAGAAAUGCCUGCAGAAGAAGGAACUCAGAGGGGUUUGCAGCUUUGGAUCAAUUUAUCAUCCAAAGACAAAAUGAUUAAGCCUAAAUACCAAGAAUUGAGGAAGGAGGACAUUAAGACAGCAGAGAAAGAUGGGGUUGAAGUCCGAAUAAUUGCAGGAGAAGCAAUGGGCAUUCGAUCUCCGGUAUUUACACAAACACCUGCAAUGUACUUAGAUUUCACUCUGAAACCCGGAGCAAAAUGGCAUCAAAGUAUUCCAGAGUCUUGGAACUCUUUUGUUUAUGUGAUUGAAGGGGAAGGUGUGUUUGGGACUUGGAAUUCAUCACCCACACAAGCUCACCAUGUUCUUGUCUUAGGUCCAGGAGAUGGGCUCAGUGCGUGGAACAAGUCUUCUUCUGAUCUGCUCAGAUUUGCUCUAAUAGGUGGGCAGCCUCUUAAUGAACCAAUAGUUCAGUAUGGGCCCUUUGUGAUGAAUACACAAGCUGAGAUAGACCAGGCUUUUGAAGAUUAUCGCUGUUGUCAGAAUGGAUUUGAAAAGGCCACAUCUUUGACUAGCUUGAAAAACUGGAGCAUGCCAGAGGGUUCCAUCUAG